AUGAAGCCAAUCCAAAUAGUGUUCAAGCUUCAGAAAACAUUUAUCAGGACAACAUGUUUCAAAGAAGACCUUGGCAUGAAAAUGUCUCCUCUAAUAACGGCGCAAGCCCAGCCAGUGUCGAUAGGCCAACGAAUAUACAGGUAUAUCAAAAUAAUGCUAUUCAUGCUGAAGCAUCACCAAAUGUAUAUAAAAUCAACACAAACCAAAGGGAAGGCGCUGCCUGAAAAUUACUCCAUUAAUAAGGACCCAACCUCACCCAAUGUGGAGGAAUUUUAUAAGAACGAAGGAAUAUUUAGAAGAACCGAAUUUCAAAAUAAUGCUAGUAAUCCUCAAGCAUCACUAAAUGCAUAUCAAAAUAACACAAAUCAAAGUAGAGUUUUGCCUGAAAAUUACUUUAUUAAGAACGACCCAACCCCAGCCAAUGUGGAGGUACGUUGUAAGGACGAAAUAAUAUCUAGAAGAUCCGAAUAUGAUUACCCUAUCGAAAUAAGCGAUCGAAAAAGCCAACCGUAUGGAAACCAGGAAUCCUUUAACGAAUCCUCUAGUUAUGCAAAUCAUACCCAAGUACACAGCACUUACCCCAUUGAUGAUUAUAACAAUCAAAGCUUAAGACAAUCCUUUAAUCGACCAUGUAUAAAUGCUCAGUGCAAUAUAAAUAAUCCUCAAAUUGAAAUCUUUCAAGGGAAUGCUUUUGAAAGAAAACCAAUUACCGAUUCAGCUUAUAGCCAGGGCUCAAAAGGAACAACCAAUUCCGGAAGACAAAGUCAUAGGGAAAUGGUUGCCUUUCCAAAUAGCGAAACAAUCGACCCAGAAAGCUAUACACUCAAUGACAAUAAUGUGUCGAAUAUAGAAAGAAAUGCUCAGGUGCCUUUACAAAUCUGUGAUAACUCAAAUUGUCCACAUUUGACCGGUCAAUAUUACCCUAUGUCAAAUAACUCUCAAUCCUAUCAAACAGAAAUUGACUUUCCCGAGGCCAACCCUGAUGGCGAUUCCGUGUCGUGCAAAGGACCCGAAUUUUGCCCAUAUAAAGGAAUGUAUAAGCCAGAUGUUGGACCAAACAACCGAGGUGUAGUAACAUUCCAAGACAGCGAUAGACCCACACUUAGUAGAGACAGAAACCGUCAACAACCGGCCCAAAGGUCGUGGGAGAAUCCAAUUUACCCCAUGUCGAAAAGAGUUAUAUCUUAUCGAAAGAUGAAUGGCUUAACAAGAUGCAAUCCAGAUUGUUAUUGCAAUCAAAAGGAAAUCCCAUUUCAAAAGGGUGGCACGGCCCAUAAUUAUGAUAAUUUUGUCAGAAAUCCAUAUUGUCCCGAAAAUAAUAUAGUAAAUGGUAAUAUAAACAGAACAGGUAGGUGUCGCAAUCGAAACUGUCCAGAAAAAGAAUCAUUUCACAGCAACGGAAAAUCAUCAUAUCAACAAGAUUUCGCCGAAGGUUCUGGAAGACAAGAGAACCCGAGUGAAUGGGGUGGCCGAUGUAGAACCAGAGAAAAUUACAAUUAUUCGGAAAAUAAAUUAUAUUAUAAUGGACCUCUGAAUCAGAGCAUAAAUCAGUCUUAUCAAAACGUAGGGUCCCAAUCAAACUACAAUUUUAGUACAAUGUUUCCCAAUCAAGAUGAUAAAAGUCGAACAGGUCCUCGAAUCACAGUAGUUAAAUGUCAUCAAAAAUCUGAAGAAAAAGUCAUAAAGUCGAACCCUAAUAAAGAAUCUUUUCAAGCUACUAGUGAGUGUGAGAGAUUUCACAGAUUUAGCAAUAAAGAGAAUAUAAACAAUAAUUCAAGAUUAAUAAAGGGAUGUAUAAAACCAAGUCAAAUGUAUAAAAACCAACCCAACCUCAUAUAUAUAAAAAUUCCGAUAAAAACCAAACGUAUGCGAAGCAAGAUAGCAUUGAUGAUUCCGCAAGACUAUACCCAAAAAUGCAAAAGGAUGAAGCUGUGGCAUAUUCAUAUGCUAAACGACUUCCUAAUCAAGGAUUUGUUGCCAAUAAAAUCAAUCGAAAUAAGCAAUCAGAUAAUGCUGUAA